GCCGCCACUUCGCCCCGCGGAGCCGGCUCGACGCCGCCGCUGCUGCUCCCUUCGGGGCUCCGCGGACUCCGGCGGAGAAGAGCGGCAGCGCUCGUGGGCCGGACCCUCCUCCGCCCCCCCCCCCGCCCCUCGCCUCCUGGCCGCGCGGACGGAGAGAGCGAGCGAGCGAGCGAGACGGGCAGAGACCCGUGCAUCGACCCAGCGGCAGCCGCGGAUGCAUUAGCCGCCCGGGCGGCGCUUCCCCCCCCGUCCCCGUCCCCGCUCGGCAGCCGGCGCCCACCCGACGAAGGGGACCCCGGCCCCGCUUGCCUGCCUGCCUGCCUGCCUGCCUGCCGGGAGUGAGCGGGGCGCGCGAUGCGGCGGCGGGCGGCGGCGGCGGCGGCGGCGGCGCUGGGGUGGCUGUGGCUGUGGCUGGCGCUGGGGCUGCGGGAGGCGGCGGCGCCGCAGCCCUGCCCGGCUCCCUGCUCCUGCGCCGGCACCGCCGUGGACUGUCACGGGCUGGCCCUGCGCGCCGUCCCCAGGAGCGUCCCGCGCAACGCCGAGAGGCUGGAUCUUAAUGGAAAUAAUAUCACGCGGAUCACCAAGACCGAUUUCGCUGGCUUAAGGCACCUUCGAGUCCUUCAGCUCAUGGAAAACAAGAUUAGCACAAUUGAGAGGGGGGCAUUCCAAGACCUGAAAGAGCUGGAGAGACU